UUUACGGAAGACAGUGCUUAUUAUUGGUUGUCAUGGCGGCGUUUUAAUUAAAAAAAACCUGAGAUUAGAUUGCUAGCUAGCUGUCGUAGUGUAUCCUGUACAAAUAGUCCCCGAGCCACAUUUUCAAUGUAUUUACAUGAUAAUAAUCGAAGCAUAAUGUUGCAUGGCUAGAUACGUACUGUAACGUUAGACUAAGGUUGGCAAAAUGGAUCAAAGCUAACCGUUAGCCGAACUUUAGCUAGCUAUCUAGGCAGCUAGGCAGGGUUACAGCUGAUGUGGAUAUACUGGUAGCUAGCUAGCUAGCGGAUUUAAGAACAGCUAUGGCUGCAAACUUUCUGAAGGAGUCUCCGAUGACCUUAGGACAAUCGAAAAGCUGGGUCACAUUAGGUACAAAUCGUAGCUCUCGACUUUCUCAGAAUCAGUUACUUUUCAAUGCAGCCAUGCCUGCCAACGCCUAUAACCGUGCUACCCAAGUUGGCCCACCUGCACCCAUUGUGAUUGAGAAGCUGAUGCCCUGGGUAGAGAAGCGGGAUGACCUGGAUAGCACCUGCAGCUCUCUGUGUUUCUCUGCUCUGUCUGAGGAGCGUCUGCUGGCUGCAGUCAGGCUGGCCAAGAGAGAUCUGAGGAAGAGACGACAGGAGUCAUUGAACAGCUCCCCCAUCAGACCACAGCCAGAGGAGACCACUCCCAUCAAGAACAACGUGGAGCAGCAGAAGGGGGUUGUUCCUAAGGGGAAGUCCAAGACCGCCGGCACCAAAGAAGAUGUGAUUCAGUCUGGAGCCACGGUGCUUGUUUACACCCCCCAGAAGUACGUCUCUAUACCCCCUGGGCCUGAUCAUGGCCGGUCACCCCCAACCAAAGACCCAGGCCCAAGGCAAACAGCCAGCAAGGAGCCCCACACAGCCCUCAGCCAGGAGGUCCGCAGGCUGCAGAGAGAGCUGGCCAACUUCAUCCAGAGAAUAGAUCAGCUGGCUAACAGAGGGCGAAUGGUUGUAGAGCCCUUGGAGCCUGAUGAGCAGCGCAGGGUGGUGGUCCGCAGACAGGAACAGGCAGCCCGCUCUGCACGCAUCAUCUAUGUGCUACAACAACAGGUGAAAGAGAUCCAAGAGGAUUUAGACAAAUUGCGCUCCCAGAAGAUUCAGCACACAAACAAAUCCAGAGCGAUGGACAGGUUGGCUGCUGCCCACAGAGGGGCGGUCAGGGCCAUGCAGGUGUUCACUAAUCAGCUGUCUGACACGUCUGAGGGCAGGAUGCCCUCCUAUUAUAAAGAGCUGGGCCAGCUGAUCCGCCAGCUGUCUCUGUGCUCGGCCAAGGUGGAGGUGGGCCAGGGAUCAGCCGUUCCAGAGACUGCCCUAGACAUCCUGCUGAAACUAGAGACCCUGGAUACUGCUCUAAGCAAACAGGAGAGUCACGCACAGAGGAGGCAGGCCCGAGUACGCAGCUCCUCCCCUGCACGCCACCGCAGGUCUCCACAUCGCAGCACGUCUCCUCCCCGUCCACCCAGGGGCUCUGCCACCAGGGGUCUCAGAGGACCUCGUAGAGCAGCAGGUCCCAAGAAGUCCUUCCCUGCAGAUAGGAGAGCGGUCCCUCAGCAUCAGCAGCCCCCCGGAGCCACAGAGCCUCCUCCACACCUGCAUCGCAGCCAGAUGCUCAGCGCUGGCCUGGAGAGUUUGGUCCAUCUCAGAGAAUUCAGGGAAGGAGGGGGGCAGGUCCCCAACAGUCAAGGAGGACCACUGCACCCCGACAGGACAAAGCAGGGAGCCCAUGUGAGGGAUGCAGGUUUCCAGCAGCCCACAGUGGCUUCCAGGCUGAGAGUGUGUCAGCAGCCACAGAAGGAGGCCUCUGUGCCCUGGAUACCCACGUCACCUCACUCUCCUAAACAACAACAACAGCGCUCCCCUCAGAAGAGGCCAGAGCCUCGAUGUCUCUUCUCCCCCCUGAAGCCCUCCUCAGGACCCUCAGAGCAGCAACUAGUUGGUGUGGUGACAGCAGAGCAGGACCAGGGUCUGACCUCUGAUAGACAGAGACAAGCCCACAACGAAGCCAUCAGGCAGGCCUGGCUGGACAGGAUGACCAUGCAGAGACUGAGGGACCUCAAUCAGCUGAGUAAAGAUGAAGCAGAACGCAUCCAGAGACUCCGGUCUGAGGUGGGCUCUCCAACCCAGUGGGCUGAGAGAGCUGAGCAGGAGGCCCGAGGGAGACUUCAGCCUCUGUUGAACCAAGCCCUGCAGAUGGGAGCUGCUGCAUCUCAGACCCGGGACAGAAAGGCCACAUCGUCACUAAGGCAUCAACUGUCUGAACAGGCUGCAGACAGAGCUGCAGAGAGCGCUGAGGUGCUGAGUGAGGCCCUGCUAGAGGAGCUGCUGGCCGAUGCAGCGCGGGCCGCCUGGGCGGUGGAGACAGACAGACGGACGGAGGGUUUGGCCCAGCUCCAGCUCCAAGCCCCCACCCUGGAGAGCAUGCUGCUACGCAUGGAGGAGAUGGAGAAAGACCAGGAAGCUGUGAGGAGGCGUUUUGCUACCCUCACAUACUCAGACCCUUACUACUGGAACAGAAGGGACACUACUGGGCCCCAGAGGUCUGUUCCAAUCUCCAGGCCAGUCUCUCCUCAGCCCGUUAGGAUCACCAGGCCAGCACUGAGACACACCACCACAGCUGACAUUGUCCUGGAGAGCCCUGUGGAGACCGGCCACAGUGUCCUGUUUGAGGGCAGCAAUAGGGAGGAGGUCUCCCCAGGUCAACCUGGCGGCAGCAGCACCUUCCCAGCCCCAAGGGAGAGGUGGGGAGACGGGACGCGACUCUCUGUGCCAGCCAGCAUGCAGAGGAAUAUCCAGCAAUACAGACAGGACCACGAGGCCUACCUCCGCCUGGUAGCCCACGAGGCUGUGGGCAGCUUCAACCCCUGGGCCAUUGCAGACAGUCUGUCAGAGGAGCUUAUGUCCGAGGCCCUGGCUGACGUAGCAGCAGAGUUCCAGGACGUCUGUGAGGAGUACGCAGAGGCUGUCUUCACCUCCGAGUUCCUUCAGCCAAUCACGUCACCUCCUGCCUCAGUUCCACCAUUAGACAUCCAAUAGAUCCUCUUCCUAUUCACAGACAUUGGGCAAGUUAGUUAGGUGUACUGCGGGUGAAUUCCACUGGGAAAGUUGGUUUUGAUAAGUUCAGAGAGAAUAUCACUACAUUACAGGGGAUUAGAAGAUUAUGUCUCCCCUCUUUCCAUAAAUAAACCUCUCCCAGAGGAUUACUCGCACUUUCCGUUUCCACAUUGAAACAUGGAAGUAAAUGAAUUGUUUGGGGGAAUUAACAAUAGGGGGUAAGCAAGCCAAGGGCGCGAUUCAUUGGUUAAUAGGAAAUCCGGAUAGCAUAUUGCACUCAUUGAAAUUGUGCGCUUCACUUCCCAUGGCAUGCACCAAUUACUCUGUUAGCCAAAUGACAAAUGUCUAAUUCAAUGACAGUGCAUAUAUCAUCAGUGCACGUUGGAUGAGGGAGCGGCCUGAGAGGAUAUUCUCAGGCUGUGGAGAGAGACUUGAAAGCAGCUGUGAAGGAGAAGAGAGACACAUCCAGAUGUUGAGUUGGCCCCUAGAGGAGCUGACUGUGACAGGGGACAGAGAGUGACUGAGUGAAUUAGCUCACUCUGAAUCAGACACAAUUCUCUCCGCCAACUGUGUUUUGUGUGGGUGUCUGAAUACAUACAGGCUUAUGCACGUACACAUGUCUCACUCUGACAGUUCUGUUUCUUCCCAGAGCUCUACACAAAUUGGACUCUAGGAGCCAUUUCAGCAUUAUAAUAGGAGUUUUUGAAUUGCAGAAUUCUUGAAAUUGAAAAAUAUAUUGUUUGUCUAAUUAUUUUUCAUUGUCAUUGUGCUAAAUGCUGUUUGUUGAUACCUAGGUUUUGAAUGUAUCACCUCCCGCCCCAACAGAACAACAAGAUCUGUUUAUGAUCUAUUCUGAUCUGUGAACACAGAACAUAGAACAUAAUGAAAUUGGUUUUGUGUGCUUUGAUGCAUUUUAUUUUUGAUGUUUUAUGGCACAUUCAUGGCAGACUGUUUUAUACUGAUGCCCAAAGUUUAUUUUCAAAUGACUUUUUUCUGGUACAAUAUUUAAAGUUUGCUUUAUUUUGUCAAAAUUAGGUAUCGGGUGAUUCACUUGAUAACUUUAAUGAUGUUAGUAUUAAAACAUAUGUUUUAAAUGAGAUGCAUCUUGCUUUAUCGAUUUGAACUACAGCCACCCAGAUACAGGACUGUUCUAAUGGUGAAAAUGGCCUGUCCCUACAGUAUGUUAGCCAGCAUAAUUAUCCUUGUCAAAGACAGAAUUCAUGUGACCAUGAAUAUUGACUAGCCAUAAUAUGAAUUAUGUGAAACACACAGGGACUCAUUUUGAGGCAAUGAUGUCGAGUCAGGCUGGAUAGAAUCAUUUUAGGUUUCCCUCAGGGACAGUUCAGCUGAUGGCUGGCACUUUUCACGAUUCUUAGAAAAUUGGAUAUAAUCUUUAGCCAAGUGAGAAUUUUUCUCUAUAGUAUCCAUAUGGACAUAUUUACCUAUUUACAGAACCAGUGACAUUUUCUUACUCUGAACAACUACUGAAGAGAUUGGAUCCAAUCUCUGGGCGUGGAUAUGGGAGAGGAGUGCAGCUGCUCCAGUUGAGAAAUUGAUCAGCACAGUAUGUGCCCUCCCUGGGCUGUGAUCUCCCUGACGUCAUCAUAUAGUCUGACCUAUCAAAUCUCUGCAUCAGCAACAAGAGAGAAAUAACCUUGUUUCCCCCUCAAUACAAGGCUGUGGCUAAUCUCAAAGCAGUGGCAGUCAGAGCUAGCUAUCAAAUAUGAAACCCUUAUCCUUGCUUUGUCAUAAGGCAUGGUUAGAAUUUGAAGAUGUAUUGAAAGCUAAGUCUGUGUGGAUGGUUAAAAGGCUAAAUGAAUUUAUUUCAGACUUGAGGUGCAACGUUCAUUGUUGUUAAUAGACAAUCUGCACAUCUCUUGGCUUCUUUCCUGCUAGAACCCACUGACCUUCACUCUGGAAUAGCCCCAUGGGACAAAUCCAGUAGUGUAGAAAGACAAUUGGUUCUGAGUGCUGAGAUCUGGUGCUUUGAGUUUCACUCCCUUUUGCCCUCAGAACAGCCUCAAUUCGUCAGGGCAUCAAGGUGUCAAGCUUUCCACAGGGAUGCUGGACCAUGCUGACUCCAAUGCUUCCCACAGUUGUGCCAUGUUGGCUGGAUGUUCUUUGGGUGGCGGACCAUUUCUUGAUACACACGGGAAACUGUUAAGUGUGAAAAACCCAAAGGCCUUUUCAUCCUUGAUGGAAACCAUCAAGCAUAAUGUGAUAAACAUCCAUCCCCCACCAGCCUUUGCCUUCCUACUGAUUCUCUGUCUGUUUGCUUUUUGUUUGUUUACUUUGGAAAAAUAUUGUGUGCUUGUUUUCAAAAUGCUUAAUGUGGUUGAUAAAGAAUUUAAACUGUGUAUUUAUAUUUGUUUUUGAAUAAACCGUUUUUUAAAA